GUAAAUACGCGAAACCUGAUGAGCUUGUGAACGCUGCAUGAGAGCUGGCUUUUACCAAAACAAAAAGGGCUGCGCUGCUCAGAGCGCUUUAUAAUCAGGGUGCAGUAGCUUCUUCUUCUCAGAAAAAUCAUUUUACACGAUUUUUUUACACGAUCUCGAUUCAUUAUGAACUCCAACUGCUAGCAGGCUAAACGACGGCAUUUAACAUGGCCAGUCCUAUGCACUUUGUGUUUUUGCUAUGCAUUGCUUUAUUGGGAGAUUGUUCAUCGCUUCUUGAAGAGUGCAUAUAUGGAAAUGGUGUGCAGUACAGGGGAGAGAAGCAGAAAUCCUCCUCAGGCAGUGUCUGUCUGAACUGGAACAGCACGAACCGGGACUAUGACGUCACUCUGCACCCAGACUUGUCCACAGGUGUAGGGGAUCAUAACUACUGCCGUAAUCCCGAUGACUCAGGCGAGCCCUGGUGCUAUGUUUCCGGAGCAGAUGGACAACUCCAGAGAGAAGCAUGUGCUAUCGAGGCAUGCCAAGAUGAAAACUGCACAGAAGGGGUAACCUGCGCCAUGAGGCCUCCUGGAGAAGAGGAAACGACGACGAAGCAGGUGAAGCCUAUAGAAGGCGGAGCUGUGCAGCCGGUGGUGGGGGUCAGUCAGCGGGUCAGAACAGGACCCAAGAAGAAGAAAGACCUAGGAACUAUGGGUUAUGUCUUAGCCAUCAUCAUGAUGGCCAUCAUUAUCAUACUGGGAGUGGGAAUAACAGUGGGCUACUUCUACAAGCGGGGUCGUGACCUGAAGAAGCAGCACGAGCAGCGUGUGUAUGAGCGAGAGAUGCACCGCAUCACUCUUCCUCUCUCUGCAUUCGCCAACCCCACCUGCGAGCUCGUGGACGAGAACACCGUCGUGGUAGCUGCGGCGAACGAACCCGCUGAGCAGGCGCCUCCGCAGGGCGUUGCCGUCGAGGGCAGCGACCCCCUCAUCGACUCUGCAGGGACCCCUGGAGCUUGACGGGUCCUGGAUAGUACGGACAAUGAUAUCAUUUUGAGUCUCAGAGGAUCAGCACCACCCCACACACCCUAUCUGUCCGUCUCCUGCAUUCCAGGAGAAGGGAAAGCUCUUCAUGGACUCCUAGCAGCCUCGUCUUCUCAACAGCGGCUAUGUUGAGGAGCGGAGGAUGCACCAAGACACAUCACGGACAAAUCAAGGAUGCAAGGACUAGGGGGAGGAGUUGUAUAAAAGUGCAUGUCAGGAUCCCCCCCCCCAACCGUCAAUCACAUGUAAACCUUUGACUGUGAUCAUUUGGAAUACUAGAGUGACGUAUACACUCGCGGCAUUUCACCAGUCUGCAUGCUGGUUAGAGCAUGGUGGUCCGUUAACAAGCCUUAUUUAUGCACAUGAUGGAAAUGAAGCCGUGUAUUAUAACGGGUAAACUGAAGUGCUUGUUUUGCACUGUGUUAAUUGGAGGAAAAGGGCAGAGCAAGUGCAAGCAUUUUUUUCCACCCCCUACAACAUUUAGUGCUAUAGUAUCCCUCAGGAGAUGUAGCACUCAGUAUUUGAGUGGCUUUGAGUCGAUUAGCAAAAUGGAUCUACAGUAUAUACAUCACGGGUUCCUGAAACAAUUUACUACAGAAAACAGUACCUGGGUUUCCUUAGUGUACUGAUUUUAAUGGGGAAUUUUUUUUUGAAGUGUUACUCUUUUGCGUGUGUAAAGAAACACAUUUCCAAGGAAGAUGAAAAGAAAUAACGAUAUAUUGCGGUAUGAGAGAUUCUGAAGAUGAAUGCUUUUAGACUGGCAACAAAAACGUUUAACACAGCAAAGUCAGAUCUGAUUUAUAUCUUCAAUUCCGGGUUUUAGUCUUUUUAGUCUGCUUUGAAAAGGACAAACCGCCAUAUCUGAUCUUACUGAAGCUUAUCUACAUCAGAUAAACACCACACACGGGACACUAAUCAUCUUUUGUACACGUUUCUGGCCACAAGCUUCAGGAUCUUGAAAUCUGAUUGGCUUUCUCUUGCAUUUUUAUGUACGAUGGGAAAACGAAUGUUUUUGUAGCAUCACUGGAUUGAAACACGUUCACAUCAUCCCUUCUUUUAAAAACCGAAGUAUGAACUCUUGGCUAUGUUUCGUAACGAACUUUAGCGAGAGAGCAGACUCGGGAGACUGAAAACAUCCAGAGAAAUCAGCUUUCUUUCCUUUCUGUUUGCUGAUCUAAAUCUUCCCUGCUUAAGAUGUCAAAAAAAAAGUCAGAUUAUAUGAGCAUCCUGUUUGCACAAAGAGGUGCACGUGGAAAGGAAAGUCCGUUUGGUAUUGAUGGAUGGAAGCUGGCUAGAUCACACGUUUAUGUGAGCAAAUCCAUCAUAAAGGGAAAAAACUUGGAAAUUUUUCCUUUCUUUCUUUCUUUCUUUCUUUC